CAAACAUUGUUGUGUUGCUUACUAGAGGAGACGUUGCUAUAAUAAUUUGCAGUAAUUAUUGAAAAUCACAGGUGUCAUUCAAGUAAAACCAAAGACAUUAUAAAUUAUAACAUUAUUACAAAUUAUAACAUUUGUGUGAGGAAACGUUGCUAUUUGUAAACAAAUGUAAUCUUUUACAAAAUGUCUGGUGAAAACUAUAAAAACAGUUUAGAAAAGGUGCCAUUUGAAGUUGCACUUGAUGAAGCUGGUUAUGGUUUGUACAGCCACUUGCUAACUGUAUUGACGGGUCUGUCAAUAAUAUCGUACGUUUUUGUGAUAUACAGCAGUACCAUUAUCGUGCCCACCAGUGCGUGCGAGCUGCAGACCACGUCAGCCCAGCAGGGGCUGUUGGUUGCUGGACCUCUUGUUGGAACAGUAAUAGGAUCAGCAAUAUGGGGCUACUUGGCGGACAAGUAUGGCCGCCGCAGCAUGCUGCUCGUGUCAUUCCUAGCUGCAGCCGCUAUCAAUGGUGUAGCGAGCAUCUCUGUUAGCUGGAUUAUGCUGUUGCUCUUACAGUUCCUUGUUGCUGUGCUAGCAGCAGGUCAAUAUAGUAUACCGAUGACGCUUCUGAGCGAGUGUGUGCCGAUGGCUCGCCGUAACCUCGUGGUUCUGAUAGUAGCCAGCAUCUUCCUUCUAUCACAGGGCAUCAUGGCAGUUGUAGCGAUACCAAUCAUUUCACUCGAGUUCUCCUAUUAUCUGCCUUCUCUGGACAUCUACUGGAACCCAUGGCGGACCGUGCUGCUGAUCUACUCCCUGCCUAGCCUCAUAUGCCUGUUGUGGAUGUACUUCAUGCAAGAAAGUCCAAAAUUCGUCUUCUCUAAAGGUUCCGAAGAAGAAGCUUUGAGGAUCUUAACAUUAAUGCACAGAAUGAAUUGUAAUAAAAAUUCUACAGAAUAUCAGGCAAGUGCGUUAACCCAACAUGAUAUAAAUAACUUCCUAAGGGGUGUUACGGGUAUCCUUCACUAUUGUCAAAAUCCCAAAUCCAAAUCACCCAGCCAAAAUGAGUUGUGUAUUUUUCAGGUUAAGGGGUUACUAGCAGAAAAUUCUGAUGAAGACAAGAAGUCAAGUAAAUCGUCAUUGGAAUUAUUCAAGGCUCCUUAUCUCAAAUAUUUUGUCAUCGUGACUGUUUUGUUCGCGUUGCAACAAUCUAGUGCAUUUAAAGUUUGGCUGCCGACGAUUGCGAAUCAGUUUGUGGAAAUAAUUCAGAGUGGAGAGGGCGCCGACUUUACACUAUGCGAGAUCCUAGGAGCUUCUCAGAAUACUCCACCGAAUCCAGAUUUGCCUCCUUGCGCUUUGAAUGAAAUUGCACUUCUGAUAGUUCUUGGUGUGAGUUGUCUAACGUCACUCAGCAAUAUCAUUAUCAGUCAGGUUCUACCAUGUACCGGCCGCCGCAACAUGGUGAUAGUGCUGGCAGCGGUGUUUGGCUUAAGCGGAAUCGUCGUGAACCUCGUUCCCAACGCGUAUGGCAGUGCCUUCUUCUUCAUAUUAUUCUUAAAUGGCAUGUUACUACUCGGACUCUACACCGCCAUUGCUGUCGCACUUUUUCCAACACAUUUGAGGGCGUUGGCAGUAUCAUUGACAAUGGCGGGAGGACGCAUCAUGUUGUUUGCAGCCAUCCAGAUCCUCAACUACCUCUUGGAAACCAACUGCGAGCUGGGUUUUUAUAUCUUCGCGUCUGUACUUGCUGUGUCGGCGUUGAUAUCAUCGUUUCUACCAGAUGAUCGUUAUCUCAAGAAAUCUCAAUCCGUAGAGCACAGGGGAGACAUCUGAGAAUUCAAACUUUAAAAAAAUAAUGAGAUACUGGACACUCCGUACAAAAAUCUCAUUCUUAUCGUUUGCUGCCUAUCGCGAUAAAUGCGAGCGAGACAGACAGAGACAGCCUAUGCGACCUCCCCCUUACUCUUUAGCGGCUUACGGCCAAACUUACCUAAUUAAAACACAUAAUAACGGGUUCUUACCGCGUUUAAAGCAGGGAUAUGAGCCUACCGAUAUUUC